AUUCUGCAUGUCAUCCAAAUUAUUUCAAAACUAGUCGUAAUAUUUCAAUUAAAACUGUUAUCUCAACAAUAUAUCGAGUUACUUAUCUCUCAAUAUCAUAACAAAUCAUCUCUCAAUAACAUUUACGUAGGGCGAAUACAAGUGUGCUAUGUUCUUUAUUUAUAUUUCUACAUUUCUAGCCUCAUUGCAACAACCAAAGUUGAAAAAAAAACUACCCUCAAAAUAAAAAUUAAAUUAAUAAAUUAAGAGUGGAGCCAAAAGGCCCAAAACUACAAAUAUGAAGCCAAAAAAAAAGGGUGUCCCACUCCCACACAUGAGAAAAUCCCACUUGAAAAAACCAAAAAAAGAGGAUGAGAAACCUCUAUCUCACCUCAUCAUCUACUGCCACUGAUACAUUCUAUGGCCUCUCUACUACCAUUCUCCCUGCUCAAACCCACCACAAUCUGCAAAGCCUCCUCAGCCCCGGCAACAAUCGCCUCACCGUCUUCUCUAGUUGAGUCUCUCAAUGAUCAAUUUGGUAGGAAAGGCAUAAAUUUUUUAGAAUCAACUGAUACUGGUACAAAUGUUAGUACUCCCAUAGUUGAGCUAAGUGUAAGAAAUGGGAGCUCAUUAAAGCUGCAACUAUCAAAUGCACAUGUUACCUCAUAUAGGCCUAAAGUGUACUGGAAAGACGACGGUUUUGAAGAGGUUUUGUACACACUUCCACAAUCCAAAGGCGGUAUUGGAUUAGUGCUUAAUGAUGUAACACAACCAGUUGCUGCUGCUACUAAGAAACCAGACCCUUUCAGAAAGUCUGAACCCGCUGCAGCUAAAGGGUCAGUGCUUGCAGGAGCUGAGUGGUCUGUAAAAAAUGUUGAUUCUGACUCUUUUGAUGCUGUCCAGGUUGAAUUGAGUUGCACCAGUGGAACUCUAGACAUAACAUAUGUAGUUUCCCUGUAUCCUGAAAGCAUGGCAUCAGCAGUUCUUGUGAAGAACAAUGGCCGCAAGGCGAUUGAUCUUACAAGUGCGAUACUCAGCCAUAUCAAAUUCAAAAAACGUGGAGGCUCGGGAAUACAAGGACUUCAAGGUUGCUCUUAUUGUUCCCAACCUCCUUUAUCUUCACCUUUUGAGAUUCUUUCUCCUGCUGAGGCCAUGAAAGCUGAUAGUUCCCAGUCUCCUAGCAAGCCCGGUCAAUGGACCACGCAAGAUGUGCCUAUUACCAUUUUAAAGGAUAAGUUUAGCAGGGUUUAUACAGCUCCUCCUUCAGAGAGAUCAAAGCGAUUCUACAGAACCCCACCAUCAAAAUAUGAGACAAUUGAUCAGGGAAAGGAGCUUGAGUUUCGAGUGAUUAGAAUGGGUUAUGACGACAUAUACUUAGCAAGCCCUGGUUCUUUAUCUGAAAAAUAUGGCAGGGAUUACUUCAUCUGCACAGGACCUGCUUCGAUGUUGGUACCAGUGACUGUGGACCCAGGGGAGGGGUGGAGAGGGGCUCAGGUUAUCGAGCAUGAUAAUCUUACAUAAUUUGUAAUUACAUUCACUGUAAAGAUGUGUCAUUGUAACAUGAUUUAUCACCUUGAAGAUAAAUAGGCUUCAUAAAUCAUUUAUUCAUGUGACUCUGAAA